CCGACUGUGCAAGCUUCGGGGCAGAGGGGGAGAGGAGGCCGCCACUAGCAACUAACCUCAGCUUCUUAAACUCAACAGAAAGGUCGGAGGGGUUGUUGGAAGUGCCAGGAACCCCGUGAUUCUCUCUGCCCGCCAAAGAGAGAUGAAAACCCAAGUUGUGCGGUGCAGCUUUAAAGGGGCUGGUGAUUGACAGAAUGUGUAGCAGUGGAUGGGGUGGAGCCGCUGGGUGGGGUCUGGGACAGGCAGCUGGGAGAAACCAAAAGGAAGAAAAAAGAAAACCAUAGCCCCUGAUAUCGCUAAUGCCAGGCGGGAGAAGCUAGCCAGAAAGGGAGGACAAGAGGGUUUUAGAGCUCACCUCCAUUCCUACCCCGAUCGACUCUCUCAAACCCUUCUGUCUCCUUUUGAGAUAAUUAAAAUCGAGUGUACACCGCCCCUAGUCGGUGCCCAUUCACCCUAACUCUCCACUGAACUAGGUUUGUAGUACGAGGGAGUGAGGACCCCGAGUCCACCAGCUCAACCCCGGCCCCGCCCCGUCGGCCUGGCCCGGGGCUGGGAGGAGAGGAUGCCUUUGGAGGCGCAGAAUCCGAAAGAAGGCUUUGGAGUGUGCAGCAGCAACAACGGCAGUAAAGGGAUCUUUUUGUGGUAUAUUCUCCUGGGUUCCUGUCUUGAAGGAGUCCUCCGCCUCAACUUUGUAUUCAAGUAGUGCUUUGGGGUUUGGGCUGGUUUUCUUAGCUCUUAGCCCCCGGCACUCUCCUCAAGGGUGUGUGGAGUUCAGAGGAUGGGUGGAGAGUGGGUUUGGCCGGAACUGAAUUGGUAGAGGUGAAAGGGGAACGGAGGAUCCUCAACCUUGGCCACUUGGGCCCAGCGAACCCACUUUAUUUUUAGCCGAGGAAAAGAGCUAAAAGAGCAUUGCAGCAAGGGGAAGAUUCUUUUUAGGAAGUCGGUUUUUCUGGCUCCCCAAUUUGGGGUUGGAUGCUUGAGAGCUUUGUUUCCCUUGUUUCGAGGGUGGUCCAGCUGGGUCUGAAUCGACUCUGUCGGCUCUGGCCCUCCUCCUCAUUUCCAGCCAGGAGAAAAAGAGGAGGUGGGGGGCCGAGAAAGAGAAGGCAAGAGCGAGCCGCCUGGCGCGCUGUCAGACAGGGGCGGGUGUGAGGGAAACAGCUGUCUUGCGAUCAGGAGUAUGAGCCUCUCAGAGGACCGCAUGAGCUCCGGACACUUCAGGAGUCUCCAGCUAGUGACAUGGGCGAUAUGGAUCAACUCAUAAACAACUUGGAGGUCCAACUUAAUUCAGAAGGUGGCUCAAAGCAUAUAUUCAAACAGGUCACUGGCCCUGUUAAAAUUAGAGAUUCCCUUAAGGCAGCAGACAGAGGUAAUAUGACAUCUCCACCACUCCUGGAUGCCAACCCCAUGGAGAACCCAGCACUGUUAAAUGACAUCAAGAUUGAGCCCCCAGAAGAACUUCUGGCUAAUGAUUUCAACCUGCCCCAGGUGGAACCAGUUGACCUCUCCUUUCACAAGCCAAAGUCUCCUCUUCAGCCUGCCAGUAUGCUGCAAGCUCCAAUACGUCCUCCCAAGCCACAGUCUGCUUCCCAGACACUUGUAGUAUCCACUUCAACAUCAGACACAGGCACUUCAGCAAACAUCCCUACUGUUCUGACCCCAGGCUCUAUCCUGGCCUCCUCUCAGGGCACUGGUGGUCAGCAGAUCUUACAUGUGAUUCACAGCAUGCCCUCAGUCAAUCUGCCAAAUAAGAUGGGUAGCCUGAAGGCCAUCCCAGUGAUGGUGCAGUCACUGCCCAUGGUGUAUACUACUUUGCCUGCAGAUGGGAGCUCUGCAGCCAUUACAGUCCCACUCAUUGGAGGAGAUGGCAAAAAUGCUGGAUCAGUUAAAGUUGACCCCACCUCCAUGUCUCCACUGGAGAUCCCAAGUGACAGUGAGGAGAGUGCAAUUGAGAGUGGAUCCUCAGCUUUACAGGGUAUUCAGGUACAAGAGCCAGCAGCAAUGAGCCAAAUGCAGGGAGAAGAGUCCCUUGACUUGAAGAGAAGACGGAUUCACCAGUGUGACUUUGCGGGAUGCAGCAAAGUGUACACCAAAAGCUCUCACCUGAAGGCCCACCGAAGAAUCCAUACAGGAGAGAAGCCUUAUAAAUGCACCUGGGAUGGCUGCUCCUGGAAAUUUGCUCGCUCAGAUGAGCUAACCCGCCAUUUCCGCAAGCACACAGGCAUCAAGCCUUUCCGGUGCACAGACUGCAAUCGUAGCUUUUCUCGCUCUGACCACCUGUCUCUGCACCGCCGGCGCCAUGACACCAUGUGAGCGGCACAGACUGCACUAGAAGAGCUGCACUGGUCUCUUUCUUGUGUGUGUGUGUGUGUGUGUGUGUGUGUGUGUGCGCGCGCGCGCGCAAUGGAAUCAUGACCAUCUUUUCCUCUUUGACUCAGCUUGCCUCUGGGAUGGGAUUGGAACAGUUCACUGAGCCAGGCUGACGAAACUGGAGGAAAAUAUAGCUGAUCUUCCAUAGGGACUCUUUAUAUUCCACGUUCAUUUCUCCACUGACUAGUCCCCAGUUUUUUCAACCUCCGCAUGGGUUGAAUUCCAGUGCGGCACCCAUGGUUGCCCCCCUCCCGUCCCUGUUAUGAGAUAGGACAUUUUUCCUACAAUAAGAAAACAGGAAUCAAAUUCAAGGCUGUGAACAAACAUACGCUGCUUUUUGUUCUUAUUUUCCUCUUGUUUUAUAGAAUUCUUAUCAUAUUUCUGAAUCAGUACAUCAAAGUGGUUGGUAGUGUCCUAAAUUGACUUUUUUCAAGUUCCUAGACAGAAGAGGGCAUAACAUUGUAGUUGGCUGGUAAGAUUUACAGGGAUUUGGGUCCUGAGUAUAGGGCACAUUCUCAGUGAAUAAGCUGAGUCCCAUACCAAGCUCCAAGGUUUUGUAAAGCCAAUCCUAUUUGUUCUUACAGUUUGGUUUUCAGACAGUGCUGGUGCUUCUUGCUUCUUUAGUCCAUCAAAGGGAAUGAAAGGAUCUUUUUGUUCUUCUCCUUUUCCUCCUCUUCUUCCUCCUCCUCCUUCAGGAUUAAAGAUUUUGCUGCACAAUUACAUUCUUUGUUUUGUUAAAUUUGAACAAAAAUUCAAAGCACACAUCGACGUGCCAGUAGCGUAAAAAGUGUUCCAGGAGAGUAAGUUGGGCAGUGACAGGAACAAGUAGACCCAGGAUGAUCCUGAAAACAAAUAGAGGAGGACUUUUUAUGGAUAGGAUAUCAAAAGUGCUAUAAUCACAAGUCUCAUUCAAAUGGCAAUCUGUUGAGACAAUGUCUUGAGGGGCUACACUGUACUGUUUAUUCUUCUGUUUACAUAAAGCAACUGUUAUGUGCAUAUUGCAUGAUAAGAAAUGACACACUGGGGCCAUGUUAUACAGAGAUGAGGGGUUGGAAGAAAAAAAUGUGUUAAGUACAUGGCAUUAUUAGCAUGCAUUCCUAUGUUUCAAAUGGAACUAUAAGAGGCAUUUAGUGAAAACUGACAAACAGAAAGCAAUUUGAUGUUCUGCAACUGCUAUGAACAUCUAAGCCAUUUAUUUUAGCCAUUAUAGCAUGUUGCAUAAUAUACACACUUGUUUACCCAAUCAAUGUUUUAUAAUAGUCUCUGGGACAUAAAACCCUCUGUUCCAGGCCCUGGACCUCAGAUCUACCUCCACAUGGCAUAUUUCCUCUCCUGGGGUCAGGGAGGGGAGGUUUGCAUCACUUAAUUGUGGACACAGCCUCUCUCCUGGAAAAGGUUGUCUUCAUACGGUACCCCUUUUCCUUGGCAGAUAUUCAACCAGUCUCUCUUGAAUACUUCAGGUCAUUACUUCCCAAGGCCACCUAGUCUGACUAAAUCAUAGAAUUCUAGCACCAAGAAGGGAUCCUAUUAGCUAUCUAGUCCUACCCAUCAUUAAUAUUUUACAGAUGAGACAAAUACGGGUCAGAUUCCUUCCCCAGAUGUUUCCUUGAGGCCUUACAGACCUGGACACCCAUUCUCCCAGGGAUCACAUUAUUAAACCAAAUUAAAGAAAAUUUUACAUGAUUGGUUGCAGUAUUUGCCCAAGUUUAUAUGUUAGGCUUCAGAAAAAUUUAGACCACUCACAAAAUCAUUUACAGUUGACUAAAUUGUAAGUAAAAUGUGCUUGUGGUCGUUGAUAUAUAACAUUAGGAACACAGUUUUUCUAUUCUAACACUUUCUAUAAUAUCUCAGGUUUGCUUUACCUCAUUUCAAGUUACAGUGUCUUUUCAGACCAUAAACCCUCAUAAAUUUAAGGACUACCUGUAUUUUUCCAAAUGAUAUGUAGAUUUUUACUAUUUUAGCCUUGUUAUUUUGAUAUGUUUUACCCUGACUUUAAGUGUGCAAGUUCCACACUGUAGACUAAUUGUUAAAGCACUAGGAAAUAUCUAGGGCCAAUCUGUUAAAGGGGACUUCUAUGCAGGUGUAAGACAGGUUGUUAAAGGUGAAUUGCCAUCAUACAUAAGUUAAGCUUAUAAUUGAGUAGUUGAUAUGGUAUUUCACAGUAGAGUCUAAGGGCUUACCCAUUUUCUCCAGAGUUUGGAUUUUAGACUCCUUUUCCAGGGUUCAUAACUGACCUGUGUCCAUCAGGAUCUUUUGCAUUGGAGCAUAUGAUCUAUUUAUAAAUAAAGGCUAUAAAACAUAGUGUUGUACUAACUAGGAUAAUCAAAUUAGAAUUCCAAAUAUUGGUAUCUCUAAGCCUUUAUUCAAAUUUUUUCCUGCAAAGUAAUGAGGGACUUUGUUAAUGCUUUAUUAAUUGUCUAUGGUCAGGAAACAAUUCUAACCCUAUUUUCAUUGCCCUCUUCCCUCCAAAUAAUGAUAAAAUCUUUACAAAUUAUUUCCAUAUUCUUUAAGAAAUAUAUCAACAUUCAUUAAGAGUAUUUCAUGGGGCACAGGUACUCGAAUACAGUAUAAUACUGUACCACACCAAAAGCACAUAGAACUUUGCUAAAUAGACAGUGAGAUGGAAAAUAAUUGUCUCUCUUAGGUAGCAUUUGGAAUUAAUUGAAUUUGCUGUGCUCACACCAGCUAACCACCAUUAUGUGGACAGUUGCCUAGGGCAUGGAAAAUGGCCUUGAUCGAUAGGGUUGAAUAAUAUCUUGGAAUUUAUUGCAGUGGAAUUCCUCCAGCUGUAGAUGAUUGGCAAUUGAACAUUACUAUUGAUAAUUAUGAUUGGAAAAUUCAGGAAAAACUAUGAAGAAUAUGAACUGCUGAGUACAUUAGGUGGAGUGCAUUAUAGGCAAGACAGAAAGGUUUGUGAGAAUAAAUUCUUAAAUUCUUUUUAAAUAAAGUUUUUAUUUUAAGACAGUUUUAGAUUUACAGAAAAAUUCUGAAGAUAGUACAGAGUUUCCCUAUAUCUCAAACCCAGUUUUCCCUAUUACUAACAUCUUUCAUUAGAUGUACAUUUGUUGCAAUUAAUGAAGUACUGAUACAUUAUUAUUAAUUAAAGUCCAAACUUUAUUCAGAUUUUCUUAGUUUUUACCUAAUAUCCUUUUUCUUUUCCAGCAUCCUGUUCAGGAUACCACAUCACAUUUAGUAGUCAUAUAUCCUUAGGCUUCUCUUGGUUGUGACAGUUUCUCAGACUUUCCUUGUUUCCUAUGACCUUGGUAGUUUCAAGGGGUCCCUCAAUUAAUAUCUGUCUGAUGUUUUUCUCAUGAUUAAACUGAGCUUAUGGGUUUGGGGGAGGAAGACCACAGAGGUGAACUGCCAUUUUCAUCACAUCAUAUUAACAUGACUUAUACCCUUGAUGUUAAUCUUGAUCACCUGGCUGAGAUAGUGUUUGUCAGGUUUCUCCUCUGUAUUCCACCCCACCUUCCAUAAGGUGGAAGGAAAUCACUUCCAUAAGGUGGAAGGAAACCCUUUGGAAGGAAAUCACUAUGUGCAGCCCACACUUAAGGAGUGCUUAGCUAUGCACUACAUGCCUGAGGGUGAGUAUCUACAUAAAUUAUUUGGAAUUCUGCGUGGUAGAGUUGUCUUUUCUCCCUCAUUUAUUUAUUUAUGCAAUCAUUUUCUUGUAUCAGUAUGGACUCAUGGAUAUUUAUUUAGUACUUUGGGUUAUAGUCCAAUGCAACUUAUUUUGUUACUCAAAUUGUUCCAGCGUUGGUCAUUGGGCACACUUUUGGGUUGAUUUCCAUGUUCUUUUGACAGACCCCCAUCUUUUUUUUAGCACACCUUUAUUUUCCAGCACUACAAGAUGCUGCAAGCUCAUCCUGUAUAUUUUUUUUUGCCGAAUCCUGUAAUCGACCAUUUCUUUAAGGAGUCCUGGUUUCUUUUAAUGGAGAAUUGUAUUAGAAAUGAAGAUCUGGGCAUUAGGUAUGCUUGUUGCUACUUGUAUUUUUGCUUCUAAGUCAUCUCAGCUAACAGAGCAAGGAAAUAUAUGUGUGUGCACUAACCCAUGUAUAUCUAUACAUACAUAUCUACAAAUAUUUCUGUAUGUAGUCAUCCAUAUCUUUAUUAAGCUAAACAUGAGUUCAUACUGAUGUCUCCUACUCCAAUCCCUUACCACAUGGAUCAUCUUAUCCUAGCCUUUUGCCUUUGUUCACUCUAACCUUCCACUCCAACAGUGAGAAACCUGGCUCCCACACGUUGCCAUCUACUUACUUACUUGUUCAGUUCCAGAGUACCUGUAUAGUGGUAUCUGAAUUGUUAGCCUGUACACCUGUGGGAACACUUAGAACACAGUGCUUAGGUACAUGAUAGUAACAGUUUUAGAACUCUAACAGCUCUUUGAAACAAAGUGAUCUGCAAAAUUCAGGAGUCGAUGACCUGAGUUCCAGGAACUUGGGGUGUAUCCUACCCUCAAAAGGUUUUCCGAAGAGCAAAACCAUUGGGAAUUGAUCUAAUCUUUAAUAAGCCAAGGGAAAUUAUUGAUCCUCCCUAGUGUGUUAAUAGCUAUAUAGAAAUAGGUAUACUGAAGAAAGUAGGUGUGCCCAAUUUAAAGAAACACUUAGCACUGUCUUUUCUCACUGGUAAAUAUGGCUCUCUGACAAUAGAGGUGCUACCCUAAGUUACCUCUCUUCCAUAUUUUCCCAUCUCUCACUUUAUUGAUCUUAGGCAAGUCACAUCGCCUCUCUGUGCCUCAGUUAACCCAUCUGUAAAAUGGGGAUCCAAAUACCUACCUCACAGGAUUGUUGUGAGGAUUCUCAUUAAUGGAUGUUGGCAAAAAUUACAAGUGAUCCUUAAAUGAACAACAAAGUAUUAUGAUUACCAUUAUGAUGAUAAUUAUAGUACUCUAUAUUUACCCUAGAAAAAGGAGAAGAUUAGGCUUCCUGGAUGAUAAAGAGCUAAAUUUGAGUAAGUAACAAGGAUAAUUGAAGAGUGGUCGCUGGAAGCAAUAUUAUCUCUUCCUCUCACUUUCCCUACAUUCUCCUCAUUGCUAACUAUAAGAUUCUCAUCUGUUUUUAUACUCAAAGCAUAUUAGGGUCUAAAGGAAUAAGUAGGCAAAAUCCAUUGCUGUAAAAGCUGUAUUCUUCCCCUUUCCUCACUCUGCCUGGACCACAUUACAUGUCACCCUGUCAGAAGCACAGAGGCAAUCUCCCACAGCCCUUCAAACUUUGGCCAGUCCAGCAUCACCAGUUACAUUUUGUCUUUCCACACUUAUUAUAUUCUGAACAGUAUAGGUAGAA